AUGUCCAGCAUCGGCUGGCGAAUACGGAUGCAAUUAGAACAAAAUGGCCCACCACCCAUAUGCACAACUACCCGUGUCGCGGCCUACUUUAUUGGCACUCGCAGGAAACUGACAAGGCUGCGCUCUUCGACUGACGGUGAUAAACAAUAUGCCGUCGUCACGUCUCCUCCCUCUCCUUCUCCCUGGGUGACUCAACCUCAGCUUCCUCGUCGAUGUAGAGGAACCGCACAACCUAUCAUUCCACCCGCCAGUCUGACGGCCAUGUGCGCCUCCCUCCGCACCAUGGCAUCCGACAACGCUCUGGACAACCCCGACUCCUACACAGUCGCCUGGAUCGCAGCUCUUCCCAUCGAGCGAGCCGCUGCGGAAGCCAUGCUCGAUGAGGAACAUGCAGCUCCAACUGGUUUUACUAGACACCAGACUGACACGAACGUUUAUACUUGGGGUCGCGUGGGUCAGCACAACAUCGUCAUUGCCUCUCUUGCCGCUGGAGACUAUGGAACCACUUCGGCUGCGACCACGGCCUCGAGCCUGCUUGCCUCUCUGCCAUCCAUCCGUGUUGGCCUUUUUGUCGGCAUAGGCGGCGGCAUCGCUCGACCGGACGAGGACCGCGAUAUCCGGCUUGGCGACAUCAUCGUGAGCCUGCCCGAUGGGAGCACAGGCGGCGUCUGCCAGUACGACUUGGUCAAAGCAAAGUCGGGUGACAAGCGUGAGCGCAAAGGAUUCCUCGGGCGGCCUCCGACGGUCCUCCUCAAUGCUCUUGCCAAAAUCCAGGCCGUUCAUCGGCGGAAAGACUUCAAGGUUCCCAGCUUCAUCCAAGAGAUGCUGGAGAAGAACCCAAAGAUGGGCAAGAGAACCAAACACAAUUCUGGCUAUGCUCACCAGGGUCUUGACAACGACCGCCUCUUCAAAAGUUCAUACGAUCACAUCCCCGGGCCGGACUGUAGGGGCUGUGACUCGACUAACGAGGUUCAACGCGAUCCUCGAGACACUACUGGCCCCGAAAUCCACUACGGGACCAUCGCUUCCGGCAACACGCUUGUCAAAGAUGCCGCUGCGCGCGACCGUAUUGUUGCUGACGUCGGCGAGGAUUGUAUCUGCUUUGAGAUGGAAGCGGCUGGCCUGAUGAAUCACUUUCCCUGUCUUGUGAUCCGAGGAAUCUGCGAUUAUGCCGAUUCGCACAAGAACGAUCGAUGGCAACGCUACGCUUCGGCCACCGCCGCUGCGUAUGCCAAGGAGCUCCUGGCGUACGUGCCGGCCGCAGAAGUCCAGGAGACCAAGAGGGCACUAGAAGUCGUGCAGCAGACAACUGAUUCUAUCAGGUCUGACCUUCGUACCGAUAAAAUCAAGCGUUGGCUUUGUCCCCCAGAUCCGUCUACAAACGCUAACCACGCGAGGAAGCUCCGCCAUGAGGGAACAGGCGCGUGGCUCCUUGGAAACCCGGCCUUCCAGGAGUGGUGCUCGGGUUCGCGUCGACAUUUAUGGCUGAAUGGGCUCGCGGGAUGCGGAAAGACAGUUCUCAGCGCGACUGUGCUGGAUCAUCUCACAAAGGGAAACGACCGUCUUAUCCUCAGCUUCUUCUUUGACUUUAGCGACACGACCAAGCAGACCUUGGAUGGCAUGCUGCGGUCGCUGGCUUUCCAACUUUACCAAGGCGGGGCUCGUUCUGCAGGUCUUCUUGACGCCUCAUUCCAAGCACAUCAGGAUGGCCGCGAACAACCUGCUACAAAGACGCUCGAGGACGUUGUGUGCCAGAUGCUUGCAGUCCAGAAAGAAAGGCUCUAUUGUUCUGGAUGCAUUGGACGAGUCGACAACAAGGGGUGA